AUGAAAAUCAAGUACAACGGAGAGGCUACCACCACAGUACCACCCAAUAUCCCAUCCUUUGAUCCCAUGAAGUGUGACCCUGCUUUGCAUACAAUGUGUCAUUUUGCAACUGCUCCUGCUGCAACACCUGCAGCUACACCAUAUGCCGAAGACCACCUUGGUGUUGCAUUUGCCUCAACAUAUGAAGCCUCUCUGUGUGGCAUUGGUAUAGGUCCAGAUAUACUUGUGGACAUGGCUGACCAAGAUCUUGCUCGAGUUGGUCUUAGUGCAGGUGACAUUAUUUGGCUGAAGAAAGGCAGUGUCACAUGGCCAGCAGAGCACAAAAUUCUGCACUACAACCUUUACUACUUCUGCAAAAACAGGAAGAGGUGGGUUAUCUUUCCUCCUGGGUUCACCUUCAAGUCAGAGGGUAAUCAUGCAGAUGCAGAAAAUCCUUUUAUUUAG